UAUACAAACAUAUAUAUAUUUUAAAAAAAAAUUAAACACUGAAAUGGAGGUUGUAGUGCAAAAUGGGGACGUGCAGUAUGACUAAUUGCUUAUUAGAUACCGGCCUUAAGAUGGGGCCUGAUUUUGAGUUUAUGUGUUUCAUUUUGAUCUUGUGGUGCAUUGUGUUUAAAUUAAUAUACAUCCUGAAUUUUGUAUUAUUUCAACAGCAGAAUUGAGAUCCACAAGUAAUGGGACCGGGAUGUGCGUGUUCUGCAAAUAAAAGUAUGCCAAUAUAUUUAUGGAUUUGCCAGAGAGUCAGUUAUGGUCCGAGUUGUACCUGCUAGAAUGUGGUUGCAGAUGUGCUUGCAGAUGGUUUUAAUCUCAUCUAUCACAGCACUCAGCUCUACUUCAAGGAUAGUGAUACAGAUUAAUCACCAAUUAUCAAACUGGAAGUGUGUUUUUUUUCUUCUUUAUUUAUAAUUUGACAACACGUACGUUUUUUAUAAUCAAAGGAAGUGAAUGAAAAUGUCAAUACUCCAAAUGACAGGCGAGCCAUCUCCAUUUGAUGUGCAGAAAACUUGAGUAAAGUCGCAAUGGCGUGUCACUUUUUAAACAAAUACCUCCAAUUAACUUCUGUCUCGUUUUUAAAAUCAUGCUGCUAUUGCCUGGUGGGUAAUAGGUGCUUCAACCAAUCAGAGGAGGAUUCAAUUAGUACCUCUCAAUUGCACCUGGUAUACCUCCAGACGCCCUGCUGCAAUACACAAACACCGAAACACAUUUAGAGUCUCACUCUUUCUCACUCUGGUGUACAUCAUCAAAUUGUUGAAUGGCGAAUUCAGAAAAAGAGGACGAGGCUUAUCCUACACCACCACCGUACUUCACACCAGAUGAAACUCACACGAGGCAAGAUGCGAGGAUCUACCAUACCCCCCCACCGUCACCCCCUCUGUCCUUCUUUCCUGGAGUUGUCCGCACCAUCGAAGCUGACUUCCCUCUAACUGUGCCGGAGGGCCCUUCAUCGUCUCCCAGGUCGACGUUCGUGAGCCAUGAGGCGGAGCUGUUUUGCUAUCCGGCCCUGACGACGUGCCCUUUCUGUAAGACGCAGGUCACCACGCACGUCACCUACCGGGUCGGGGGUCUCGUGUGGCGCAUGUGUUUCUUGAUGUUGUUUUGUGGGUUGUUCCUUGGAUGCUGCCUGUUUCCAUUUUUUGCAAACUAUUUCAAGGACGCCUAUCACGCUUGUCCUCUCUGCAAGCGAGUCCUCCAUAUCCACAGGAGGACCUGCUGUGAGUGAGCACGCAGAUGGUCGACUACCAACAGGUUCACGUGAAUGUAAAUGCAUGCGCAACAAGUCCGGAUAGAUGUAUAUGUGUAAUGUGUAGGGAGAAUAUAUGUUGAUUCCUGUCAUAUUGAAUUUGAGAUGUUUUAAAUAAUAUUUUUAUCAUGUUUUGUAAC